CUUGUCUCUUUUCAUCUAAUUAGAUAUUACACAUAAAAUUUAAUAUAUACAAGCUGAAUGAGAUGGCAUUGACACAAAGUCACAGGCAAAUUUAAGGAUGGACUCGUUGCGUCAUUGUACGGAUAAUUGUUUACAUCCAUAUUGUAUUUUCACUACUAGUUAACUUAUAAUUAAUUCUCUGUCGAGUAAGGGACAAGCUUAUGUUCGUCUGGGUCCAGAGGAUAUUUUAGCUUUCUUUAAUUGUUUUCCCCCUGACACUGAGAAGGCAUUAAGCAAAGCUACAACUAGCUAUCGAACUCGACAAAGAUAACAGCAUGUCUGCUUUAUCGCUAUCAGGUUGGACUAAACUUCAGCUGAGACCACAGAACAUAAGGGCACUUUUACAAAACAGUGCCUGUGUUUGUCCAAACCAAGACAUUAGGCGUCGCAGCUCUGGACAGCAGAAACGGAGAGUUGUUAUUACUGGCAUAGGGCUGGUGUGUCCUCUGGGUACAGGGACUGUUCUGCCCUGGGAGCGCCUGAUCCAAGGCCACAGUGGGAUUGUUGCUCUUGACUCAGAGGAGUACAAAACUGUGCCCUGUAAGGUAGCCGCUAUGGUGCCCAGAGGGACUGAAGAGGGCCAGUUUAUGGAGGAGAGUUUUGUCUCUCGUGGGGAGAUCAACAGCAUGUCACCGGCAACUGUGAUGGCCUUGGGAGCUGCUCAGCUUGCUCUGGAGGACUCAGGGUGGUACCCCAGAACCCCAGAGGAACAGUACAAUACAGGGGUGGCUGUUGGAAUGGGCAUGGUGUCACUUGAUGAGAUUGCUCGCACCUCCGCUGCCUUCCAGGAAAAGGGCUACAACAAAGUGAGUCCCUUCUUUGUGCCCCGCAUCCUAGUGAACAUGGCAGCUGGGCACAUAAGUAUCAAGCACAAAUUAAAGGGUCCCAACCAUGCUGUGUCCACGGCAUGCACUACAGGUGCACAUGCAGUAGGUGAUGCCACCAGGUUCAUUGCCCAUGGUGAUGCAGUUGCUAUGGUUGCAGGGGGGACAGAAUCCUGUGUUGGGCCCCUGUCGAUAGCUGGUUUUGCAAGGGCACGCGCCCUCGCCACCAAAUGGAAUGAAGCCCCUGUACUCGCAUCAAGACCCUUUCACCCAGAGAGAGAGGGCUUUGUGAUGGGUGAAGGAGCUGCUGUGCUCCUGCUGGAGGAGCUGGACCAUGCUUUGAAGAGAGGAGCCAGAAUCUAUGCAGAGGUCCUGGGUUAUGGACUCUCAGGGGACGCCAGCCACAUCACUGCACCCACUGCAGACGGAGAUGGGGCAUUCAGGUGUAUGUCUGCAGCCCUCAGAGAUGCUGGCCUCUUACCGGCAGAUGUCACAUAUGUAAAUGCCCAUGCCACAUCCACACCAUUGGGUGAUGCAGCUGAAAAUGUAGCCAUCAAAAGGCUCUUUCAACAAAGCACUGACAGCCUGGCUGUCUCCUCCACUAAGGGAGCCACAGGACAUCUCCUUGGGGCUGCAGGGGCCAUGGAGGCAGCAUUCACCGCUCUGGCAUGCUACCAUGGGGUCCUGCCCCCAACUCUCAACCUGGACUGCACUGAGCCACAGUUUGACCUGAAUUAUGUUCCCUGCACAGCGCAGCCAUGGCGGACUCAGGGCCGACGGGUUGCCCUCACAAACUCAUUUGGAUUUGGGGGCACCAACGCUUCGCUGUGUCUCGCCAGCAUCUGACAACUCACUGAUAUUAAUUCUUGAAUUUUUAUUAAAAAUCUUUAAAAAGUCA